UUAGAAAUGGCGCCAAUACAUUUUGCAAAAUUUGUUUGUGAAGUAAAUUAAAGCCAUGCAGAAAUCAAUAACCUCAUUUUUUAAGCCAAAGGAUGAAAUAUCAUCAACAGAAAAAUGCCAAGUGAAAACUGAUGCAGUUGAGAGGAACAUUUCCGAAGUGAAACAAAUAGAUCCGAUUGUCAAAAGUGAAGUUUUCGGGGAUGCCAUGAAAGAUUUACCUAUGGAUACUACAGAAUUACACACAAAUGAGCCAAAAAUGAUGACCCUUAAAAGAGAAAUAAGAGGUGUGGCCUUGGAGAGUUAUGAUCCAUCUCUGGAAUGUUAUCACCCAGUGAAGGACGCCUAUUGGAAAGCUCGAGGAGUGACCCCUUAUUUAGCAUUGGCUCGCACAUUUCAAGUAAUUGAAGAAACAAAAGGGCGCCUUAAGAUGAUAGACAUAUUGAGCAACUUUUUUUGCUCAGUGAUAUUAGUUAGUCCAGAUGAUUUGUUGCCCAGCGUGUACCUAAGUAUCAACCAGUUGGCGCCAGCAUACGAAGGACUCGAACUUGGCGUUGCCGAUACCACGCUAAUGAAAGCAAUUUGCAAAGCAACUGGCCGGAAUUUGGCUCAUAUCAAAGCACAGACACAUUUGACUGGAGAUCUUGGCAUUGUAGCUGAACAGUCACGUUUGUCCCAGCGCAUGAUGUUUCAUCCGAAGCAUUUAAAUGUGCGAGGGGUGUUCAGCAAGCUUAAAGAGAUUGCCAUGAUAUCUGGGCAAUCGAAAAUAACACUUAUUUAUGAUAUUUUUGUAGCAUGCCGUUUCUCAGAGGCGCGUUUUUUCAUACGAUCUCUAAUUGGUAAGCUGCGCAUUGGCAUUGCAGAACAGAGUCUGCUUACAGCACUCGCAAUAGCAAUUGUCAAGAAAAACCACAUAAACGACUGUAAGACUAACAAGAUAUGCGAUAAAUAUAAGGAUGAAAUAUUGGAAACAACGCUCUUGUUAAAAACCACAUUUUGCCAAUGUCCCAACUAUGACAUAAUAAUACCUGCAAUUUUAAUGUACGAUAUUAAGGAACUUCAUAAACAUUGCCCGAUGCAUCCCGGAAUGCCGCUCAGACCCAUGCUUGCUCAGCCCACAAAGGGAGUACACGAAGUGCUGGAACGUUUUAGUGGCAUGCAUAUAACUUGCGAAUGGAAGUAUGACGGUGAACGUGCACAGAUACACCUCAACAAUCAGGGAGACAUAAGCAUAUUCUCGCGUAACUCUGAAAACAAUACGGCCAAAUAUCCAGAUCUUAUAGCCAGAAGCAAGUCUUUUCUUAAAACGAAUGUGCACAGUUAUAUACUCGAUAGCGAGAUCGUUGCAUGGGAUGUGGAGAGAAAACAGAUAUUACCAUUCCAAGUCCUUAGUACGCGUAAAAGAAAAAACGUAGACAUUGACGAAAUUAAAGUUCAAGUAUGCGUUUAUAUAUUCGAUUUGCUAUACUUUAAUGGCAUUUCGCUUGUCACAAAGCCCUUGUCAGAGCGUCGAAUGAUUUUGUUUGAGAAUUUUCAAGAGAUUGAAGGUGAAUGGAAAUUUGCAACUGCGUUAAAUACAGAUGACAUGGACGAAGUGCAGCAAUUUUUAGAAGAAUCAAUCAAGGGCAACUGUGAGGGUCUUAUGGUAAAAACGCUAGAUGAAGAAGCCACAUAUGAAAUUGCAAAAAGGUCUAGAAAUUGGCUUAAAUUAAAAAAAGACUAUUUAUCAAAUGUGGGCGACUCGCUGGAUUUGGUGAUAAUUGGAGGCUAUAAGGGAAAAGGUCGACGUACUGGCAUUUAUGGAGGCUUCUUGCUGGCCUGCUAUGAUGCAGAAAAUGAAGAGUACCAGAGUAUCUGUAAAAUUGGCACAGGUUUCACCGAUGAAGAUUUAAAAGUACACUCGGCGUUUCUACAAAAGCAUGUGCUUAGCGGCGCAAAAUCAUAUUUUAGAUACGAUAGUAGCUUGGAACCGGAUGCCUGGUUCGAACCUGUACAAGUCUGGGAGGUAAAAUGUGCAGAUCUAUCGCUCAGUCCCAUACACAGAGCUGCCAUAGGCAUUGUAGAUAAUGAGCGUGGUAUAUCAUUGCGUUUUCCUCGCUUCAUACGCAUACGAGAUGAUAAAAGUCCAGAAAACGCCUCAGAUGCAAAUCAAAUCGCUCACAUGUACAAUUCGCAGGAUCAAGUAAAGAAUAAUCAGAAAUCCAGCAAUGGAAUGGACACUGAAAGCGACUUUUACUAAUAAAAAUAAUAAAUAUUUGAGCAACAUACGCGUUUAUU